AAUCCGUUGCCCGUUCAAUCGCCGGCACGAGCAGCGACCGUGCGAACGUGUGUGCGCCGCGUGUGACUUCGUCGUGAUAGCACAUGAAACGGUUUCAUACACAUUCUGUGAUUGUAGUGCUACCGUUGAUCGUCGCCGCGAUAGACGUGUCCGCGGGAACCGAUCGAUAACGAGACCGCGUCAUAAAUCGUAAUAACAUCGAAUCGUCUUCCCUCUCGGUUUUCGUAUAAAUUUUUUUUUCGCUCCGUUUCGCACAUCGCGUCUCCUGGUGGUCCUUCGGUGGACAUUAACUGUCGAUGGGUGUUGCGGUACAACGCGCCGCCGUCUACGCAUAACGACAACAAUCAUAUCGCGUUUUUUCCCGCACCACCGGCAGACGCGCGUGGUGUGUAACAUGAUAAAUGGAGAACGGAUCUCAUUCCACCUUCAAACUGAACAUCAUCUCCCAACCGAAAAAUCAGAGAUGCCGAAGACCGUUGACUCUGUUCUCGUUCAUCACGGCUACGACCAGGGACGGUUCGCAGGUGACGGAAAAACGACUACAAGACGCUUCCGAGGUGUUAAAAGACGAAUUUGCGAAAGGGACCGCGUUGAAAUGCAAGGAAAAAAACGUUGCCGUCUACCCCAUCGUUCACUUCACCGAGGAUAGAAACGCAUUGAUGUCGGUGCUACAAGAUCAAAAAGAAUUAAGCGAACAUUUCAAGUUACACCAAGGCGUCUACCGAGAAAUCAAAAGCAUCGAAUGUGAGGACGGACACGGCCCGUUCGUGACGACUUCGGCGAGCGUAUCGUACAUCGUUUCCGGAUUCAAACUUCUCGACACCAGUCUGGUGGAGGUAAUGAUCGAAUCCUGGAAGGAUUGGACAGGUGCUAGGCACAUAUAUCUCCACAUUCCGUACGAAUUGGGUCUUCAGAGGAUCUCGUUAUUAAAAAAAGUCGCUCCGAAUUCCUUGAACUCUUUUACGUACGUUGUGCUCGCUGAAUGCCUAAAUGUGGACACGGAAGAAAAAAAGAUGAUACUGAUGGACUUCGUGCAGAGGAUGAGAAUAGAAAAAUUCCUUUCCGGUUACCUCUCCGUUUACGAGCUUCUUAAGACAUAACAACAAUUAAUGUUACUAUUAUAUUAUUACCAUUAUCACUGUCAUUACGGUGCAGCGCUUAUUAAACUCGCACUUGCAACUUAA